AUGUCAACAUUCAACGGACUCGUCGAAGAGUUUCCUGACAUAAGAAUCGAUUUCUUCCGGAAACACGCCGAUCGGCGUCCACCACUCGCCUGUUUUCUGAGCCAUGUUCACAGCGACCACCUUGCAGGGCUUGAGAGCCUGCGAUCGCCUUUCGUCUACUGCUCUGCGGCCACACGGGAGAUGCUGCUCCGUCUCGAGCGGUACCCUUGUCGAAUCAAUUACGCCAAAGGCAUCCUCGAGGCCCGUAUACAGACAUACAAGCACCUCAAGAAUCUCCUCAAGCCGCUACCCCUGGACACGCCUACUACCCUCGAGUUUGCGCCCGGAAGCUACAUCCAGGUCACUUUGUUCGACGCGAACCACUGUCCUGGUUCUGUCAUGUUUCUGAUUGAGGACUCGCAUCAUGCCAUUCUCUAUACAGGAGACAUCCGAAGCGAACCUUGGUUCGUGAAUGCCCUCGCUAGAAAUCCUGCAGUCGUUGAGUACACCUGUGGCAUCAAGAAGCUCGACAAGAUAUACCUUGACACAUCUUUCAUUCAAAACAUACCCUUUCAGACAAAGGCCGAUGGGAUCGCCGAACUUCUGCGCAAGGUUGCGAUGUACCCGGAUGACACUGUCUUUCACAUCCAGGCAUGGACCUACGGUUAUGAGCAGGUCUGGAUCGCACUAUCGAAGGCCCUAAGGUCCAGAAUUCAUGUCGACGACUACAAGAUGCGGAUGUUCUCGUCUUUGACCGGCAAGGCCUCAAACGAUCGCUUCAGCUCGUCGAUACACCUAUGUCCGGAAGCUCCUGCGUUGGCCGGCUAUGUCUGCGGCAACACGCCCCAUCCAGGUUGUUUGACACGGGAUGAGCACGUUCGACUCCACAGCUGCGAAAGAGGUAACCUUUGCUCUGUGGUGCGUAACUCCAAAGUCGUUUUCAUCCAACCUGUCAUUGCCAAUUUUACCAAUGGCGCCGAGAUGGCAGAAGUCGGCAUCGGUGGGGGUGGGGACGACUUAGAACGGGACGCUGUGCUCGAUACCUUGUCUAUUACCGACGUCGAUGCCAUCUUGGCGUUGGUCGAGGAACAGACGGAGCUUUCGCAGGAUUCAAGAACCAGGCUACAGACACUUCUGGAAAUCGGCGCGAAGACCGGGCGAAACAUGUCCUUGGACCUCGGCAUCUCGUCCUUUGGUGACAAGAACGAAGCUGCCAUCGUUGACGCUUUCCGAUCGAUAGGGCAGAAAAGGCAGAUUGAGCUUGGCGAUAAUCUCCCUAACGCGAUACAGGGUUCCACCCAGGAAUUACCGGCGAAAAUCACGUUUCCAUACUCCAGGCAUUCGUCGUAUCAAGAGCUUUGCGAUCUGGUCCAAAUCUUCCGGCCUCAAGAUAUCUGGCCGUGCACUGUCAAUCCUGCCGACUGGAUCAGAGACAACAUCACUGUCCGGUCACUGUUUGGCGCCUUCUGCUCCGGUGAUGUGUUCGAACACGAUCUCGUGAUGGAGAACCGCGCCGACCGAUGUGUCAGGACACUCGAACGGCAGCUAUCUCAAAACCUUGACAGCAAUCAGCUUUCUAGGGGUGACACGGAAGCCGUAGCCCAGCAUUAUUCCGAAGAGACCCAAUCAACUGGACCCGAGACAGCUGCUGCAGAGGUCGAAAAGCAGGCGGCUGGUGUUGAUACCGGUUCUGAGACAAGGCACUCUUUGGACGGAGGAGUUCAGGUUGUCCAGGAAGCGACAAUUCAGGGCAUAACCAUGAAGCCGCUGCCUUCAUCUCGUAAGAUAUCGCGCGUCCGAGCAGACGCGUAUCGCUGUAUGGCGAGAAACCUGAUCGGCGGUGACUGGACUCCGAUCGGUCUCUUGUCCACCUUGGAUCAUCAUACAGUACUCGAUGGCGACCUCGGAGGAAUCUGA